AUGUCAAUUAAAGAUACCCCAACUCAAGGUUUAACAGGUAAGAUCUCAAACUUAGAUAUGUCCAUCACUGGUAAUGGAAAAUCAUUAACCGAUAAAUUAGCUGCUGAAGCGAAAGAAAAGGAUGAAUCUCAAGGUGUUGCUCAUGCUAAAGAAGCUUUAACUACCACCAAAGAUGCUACUCCAAUGGAAAAGACCGAAUCAGAAGAUUCCAAAUAUAUUCGUGAACACAAGGAAUUCUUAGCUAAACAUAAAGUUCAUCGUCAUAAAUUGAAAGCUUUAGAAAAGGAAGAACCAAUCUUAAAAGAAAACCCACGUCGUUUUGUCAUGUUCCCAAUUAGAUUUCAUGAAAUUUGGCAAUUUUACAAAAAGGCAGAAGCUUCUUUCUGGACUGCUGAAGAAAUUGAUUUAAGUAAAGAUUUAAAUGAUUGGAGAGUUAAAUUAAAUGAUCAAGAACGUUUCUUCAUUUCAAGAAUCUUAGCUUUCUUUGCUGCCUCUGAUGGUAUUGUUAAUGAAAACUUAGUGGAAAACUUUUCUGCUGAAGUUCAAAUCCCAGAAGCUAAAUCAUUCUAUGGUUUCCAAAUCAUGAUGGAAAACAUUCAUUCUGAAACUUAUUCCCUUUUAAUUGAUACUUAUAUCAAGGAUCCAAAGGAAGCUGAUUACUUAUUCAAUGCUAUUGAUCACAUUCCUUGUAUUAGAAAGAAGGCUGAUUGGGCUUUAAGAUGGAUCACUGAUGAUGAAGCCUUAUUCGCUGAAAGAUUAGUCGCUUUCGCUGCUGUUGAAGGUAUUUUCUUCAGUGGUUCAUUCGCUUCUAUCUUCUGGUUAAAGAAGAGAGGUUUAAUGCCUGGUUUAACCUUCUCUAAUGAAUUGAUCUGUAGAGAUGAAGGUUUACAUACUGAUUUCGCUUGCUUAUUAUUCUCCCAUUUAGAAAAUAGACCAGAGCCAGAAAUCAUUGAAAAGAUUAUUGUUGAAGCUGUUGCUAUUGAAAAGGAAUUCUUCACUGACGCGUUGCCAGUCAGUUUAUUAGGUAUGAACUGUAACUUGAUGUGUCAAUAUGUUGAAUUUGUUGCUGAUAGAUUAUUAGUUGCAUUUGGCAAUAAGAAGGUUUAUAAUGUUACUAAUCCAUUUGAUUUCAUGGAAAACAUUUCAUUAGCAGGUAAGACUAACUUCUUUGAAAAGAGAGUUUCUGAUUAUCAAAAGGCUGGUGUUAUGGCUAAACAUAAUGAACCUACUAGUUCAAACCAUGACUUUUCAUUUGAUGAAGAUUUCUAA